CACACAUGGGUUUACUCCACAAUGAAAGGAGUGCGCAAAACUCUGGAGUUCUCUCAGUCGGUGGGUUUGGUAGAAGCUCCAUCGCCGGAGUCUGGCCACCUUGCAGUGGAAACGUCCCCUCCAGACUAUGUGAAUGAGAUCUCUCGAUAUCUGGCGGUACAGAGCACACAGGAUCAAGUAUCUGAAGCAGAAAGUGACUCAGGAGACAGCCUGUUCAUAACUCAGAAACCUGCGUCUGAGGCUGAGAGUGCAAUAAGUAAGCGGCCCAACAGCCCGAGAUCAGUGCCAGCAUCCAUCAGACAGCUCGAGGAAGAAGACUCCUCAUCAUCAUCCUCCUCCUCCGAUGGAAAGUCCAAAACUGUCAAUAGGAAGCGUGGGACGAGGAGAAAGACAAUCAAGCUGCCACAGUACAUUUUCCCUUUCCUCUCGGAGAAGAGGCACAGAGCUCUGUUAUCUGUGCAGCACAACACAGCCCUUCAUUAUAAUGCGAUGGGAGGCUUCUUUAAAUGUGUCAAAGAACUGCAGCGGGGUCGUCAUGGAGGAGAUGGUCUGCCCUCAUCCUUACGGACAGUUGACGAGGAAGGGGGGAGCAUAUCCCCGCUGUCAGUGGACGAGGAAGAAGGGUCAGAGAGUGUGGACUGCAAAGUGGUGGAAAAGAAACGUUUUGUUUUUGUGCCAUCAAAAACAAAGCGCUCACAACCUAAGAAAGCUCCGGUGACGAGAGGCAGCAACGUGAAUCAUCAUGAGAGGAACGCAAGUAAAGGUCAAAAAGCUUCACAAGGAAGACAAAAGACAAUGCGACAUCAGAAACCGGCCAAAGCGUUGAUAUCAAUGAGUACAGGGUUUUUGUCACAUACAGAGGACUCUGAUGGUGAAGGUCCUUCCCAAAGCAUUCUGGCCCAUAGUGACACGCCAACAAGAAAGAGAUGUCUUACCAGAGGAAAAGAGAAACAUAGUCAAGGGAAAGAAAGUGAAAAGGAGGUGUGUGAUGAUAGCGAUGCUACGUAUUGUGAUCCAUUUGAGCUACAGGGAAGUCCAAGACUCCAAGAUACAGUGAAGGACAGAGAAGCGUCCCUAAAUGUAACAGAGCCCCCAGCUGAUGAUUUUGUAACAGAUGAUCUCUCCCAGAUGGAGGCAGGAGAGACUCCCAGCCCCACGGAGGAUAAUCGAGCAGAGCCUCCGGCGACGCAGACCUGUGACGAGCUCGAGAACUUAUCACAUGAUGAUGUCAUAGAGAGAGAGGAGGAGAGACACAUUCUGGUGUCUCAGCCAUCACUCACACAGAACGUUGUGAAUGGUGGCGAGGAGGAGAAGAAGAAAGGGAAAAGCGGUGUUCAGGAUGAAGAGCAGUUAAAGGCAAGCGUUGUUUCAGAGCCACUAACGGAUGAUGGUGAGAUAUGCACAAACAAUAAAAAAGGGAAAGAAGAAAAGAUUGUAAAUGCGGAAGAACAUGGAGAAGCGUUGAAUAUGACUUCCGAUCUACCUCUGACGUCAGGGAGACAAUUCGAGAAAACAGGAGAUUGUUUGGAAAAUAUAGAAUCUACUCUACAAAAAUUGGAACCCAUUUUGGAAAAGAAAAGACAAAAGCAUGGAAAGAAGCGACCCUCAGCUGAUCAGGAGGACACAGAAGUUGGAGCCAAAGAUGAUGCAGAUUCAAGCUUGUCUAAUGAUGUAACUACUGAAACAAGUACAGUGAAGAAGAAGAAGAAGAAGAAGAAAAAGAUAAAGGAGAAGAAGAAGGAAAGCAUCUCUGAAGGGGUCGAUAUUUCUUGCAUUUCUGAGGUUGAUGAUGCAGAUCAUUCCCAGAAAACGAAGGAGGGCUCAGACGACAGAGCUCCUGAGACUGUGAUGAAGAAAAAGAAGAAGAAGAGGGAAAGCACCGCUGAGGGCAUAGAUAUUUCUUGCACUUUUAACCAAAAUAAAAAAGUUGAUGAUGCAGAUCAUUCCCACAAAACAAAGGAAGGCUCUGAGGAGACAGAUAAUGAACCUGUGACAAAGAAAAAGAAGAAGAAGAAGAGGGAAAGCACCUUAGAGGAUGUCGAUGUUUAUUGCACUCCUGACAAAAAAGUAAAGGUUGAUGAUGCAGAUCAUUCCCAGAAAACAAAGGAAGGCUCAGACGACAGAGCUCCUGAGUCUGUGAGGAAGAAAAAGAAGAAGAAGAGGGAAACCCCCACUCAGGGCGUAGAUAUUUCUUGCACUUUUAACCAAAAUGAAAAAGUUGAUGUAGAUCAUUCCCACAAAAUAAAGGAAGGCUCUGAUGAGAGAGAUGCUGAACCUGUGACAAAAAAGAAGAAGAAGACGAAGAAGAGGGAAAGCACCGCAGAGGAUGUCGAUGUUUAUUGCACUCCUAACAAAAAAGAAAAGGUUGAUGAUGCAGAUCAUUCCCAGAAAACAAAGGAAGGCUCUGAUGACAGAGAUGCUGAAUCUGUGACAAAGAAAAAGAAGAAGAAGAGUGAAAUACUUAGUAGAGCUGUCUCAGAGGACGCUGUGGCACAAAGCCAUGAUUCAGUGUCUGUGCGGAAAAAGAAGAGGACCUCUUCCUUCCUCGUUGCUGAUGCAGAGGAAAAAGAGGCUCAGACGCACGAGGAACAAAGCUUGCCUCGUUCAAACUCUGCAGCCGCAAAAAAGCCUGGUGUCAGCGCUGGUGCUCCAGAGACUGAAUCAGCAGAAACGGCUGGAAAUGUGGAGGAAUCGAAUAAUGGGGCCAGGAAGAAGAAAAAGAAGAGAAAGGUGUCAGAGGUGGAGGAUAGUGUGGAGAAAUAUCGUGAGCAGGAUAUUGAAGAGCCGAAUGAAAUGUGCGAGAGUUCUUUGCCUGAUCCCACUGAGACGAGGGUUAAGAGAAAAAAGAAAUCGAAGACAAAUGAAAGUGAGCUGGUGACCGCCGAGGAAAGAUUAGAAAGUGCGAACGAAGCGGGGUAUUCUCAAACUGAUGAGGCUCUGGUUUUAAGAAAGAAGAAGUGUAAAAAGCGCAAAUCUGUGCCGGACCAUGUGAUACAAGAGAGUCCGACACCUGCCACUGACAGUGUGGUAUCAGGAGGAGCUCCAGUGAAAACCUGCAGCUCAGAUUCACUCAAGAAGAAGGGCAAACCGACGACCGCUCACUCAGCCGGAAAGGAGAGUAGUGGUCACAGCGCUGAAGAGUCUUGUGACGUCUCUGCCAAAACCAGCAAGGAAACAUGGAACAUGGCUCACCAUGUCUCCCAGUCUGCACAGACUCCUGGAGUCCUAGCUGAGGCGGGGAGAGUCAAGAAAACUAAGAAAAACAAUCGGGCAAAGACAAAACUUUAUGAUCCAAGUGAGGACUUCUACACAGAUCAGUAGUUUGAUCAGGAGACUUAUUCUCAUCGCACACAAAACCUCUUUUGUAUCUUUCACAGGAAGCUCUGUGUUUUUUAAUUGAAUGUGGACAAAUAUGUAAAUGAGGCUAUUAAGUGGUGACGUUUUCACAGGGACGUUUUUUAAAUGUAUUUGUUUUCUAUCAAAGCGUUUUGCGAACGCUCCUUUCAACCUUUUUUGAGUUGAGAUUAACUUUACUCUCUGUUGAGAAACUACUGAGAAAUGUUUAUUCUGGAAAAAAGAGAAACGCCUUUUAUUUUCCCACAUUAAAUGUUCAAAUUAGUAGGACCUCUGCACAAUGCAGGAUUGUAUAUGUUUACAUAUUGAGAAAUAUAUUUUUGAAAAGACAAAAUGCCUUUUUUUGCUAAAUUUAAAUAUAUAAUAUGAUGAGAACUCACACACAGUAACGGAUUAUAUACCUCCUACAUAUUGAGAAAUGGAUAUUUGGGGGAAAAUACACAUUGUCUUCUAUUUUAUUUAUAUCUAAAUAUAUUGAGGUCUCCUACACAAUACAGGAUUAUGAACGUACUGAGAAAUGUAUGUCUUGGAAAGAAGAAAAAACUUUUAUUUUCAUACAUCUAAAUAAACAAUAUGAUUACUCCUGCACAAUACAACAUUAUGUAUUUGUACACAUUGAGAAAUGUAUAUUUUGAAAGAAAGAAAAGCAUUUUAUUUUCCUACAUUUAAAUAUACAAUAUGAUGAGGACUCCUGCAUAGUACAGGAUUAUGUGCGUGUACAUUUUAAAACAAAUCAUUUUUGAAAAAGACAUGUUGCCUCUUAUCAUCC